AUGGACAGCGGGGAGCAGGGUGGCGCCAGCGCUGGGUCACUUCCAGGCUCUACUACGACGGCCUUCGCUGCCCUUACAACCAUUUUGCUGGCUACAGGCUCUGCCCUAUACGUGCGCGCAAAGUGCAGAACAUCGCCACUGCCAAACUCGACCGGAAUGGGUGUGGAAAGCAUCAGCGCCACGCAGGUCGAAGCUAGGGAGCACGGGGAGGAAAGGAACAUUCAAUACUCUGCCACGCACAGCGAUUCAAGAGACUCGAAAACGCCCCGAACGAAAGAACGUCGACGGCGGGGAAAAGACCCCGUGAAAGAAAUUAUGAAGGGCAGCAAGAAGGGGAAUAAGCUGCUUCUCAAACUCUCCCAAGCGGCUGGAGAUACGAGUGUCCCAUCAUCUACUGCGUCUGACAUCGAGUUUGCCGACGACUUGACCGCGACCUCAUCCACGCCUGGGCGCUCGAGGGACGCCUCCGUCGCAAAAUCACGCUCUACUACGUCUUCGAGGUCGGCCUCGACUACGUCUUCGCACAGAAGCGCCACAAUCGCGAUCACACCCCAGCGUUGUACGGUAAGCGGAGACACAUUGGACGACGGGCCACACACUUUCCAGCAGUCUAAUUUCGAGCCAAUCACGCGCCUUCACGCAAUUAGCACUGAUCCACUGCCUGGGGACUCUCCGGUACCAGAAUCGGCGGCGACUCCUACCCCUCCUUCAGCAUUCGCGGCGACUACACCCCGCGCCACUGUGCCUUCGACCAAUGGCGACGCUCCAGAGCCAGACCAAGCGCUUCAAACAUCGCCCAGUGCGCCAAGCGUUGACUCGACGGCGCACCACAAGCCUCCGAGAUUCUCUAAGCAGAGUGCUUCUCCCCUGCUAGAGCCAAUGUUCGCGAGUGGAUCAUCAUUCGAACCAUCUCCGUCGUGUUCGCCUCCAUCAUCCUUAUCAUCCGUGUCUCUCACUUCCUCUUCGGUUUCUAAUGCUGAAGAUGAUGGCGUGCCCCUCAGUUUUCCAACGCUCAACUCCACGAAUUCAUUUUGCCAGCCAUCGUCGCCGAGUCCCAAAGUUUCGGCACUUGGUCCCACCGAGCACAUUCAUGGGAAAGGAGGCACCGGGCCAGGAAACUUAAAUAACGAGUUGCUGGUAGGUAAUUCAAUUGGUUCUGCGGGACAUUCGAGGAAUCCUCGGCAUGGGCACACUCCGCAUCGGACACCCACACCAUCUUCGCAGUCUGGGAAUAACACCCCCCCUCCUUCUUUAUCCGCUCAAACGCAGAUUGCGUCGCUCCGGGGGGCAUUGGAGGCCGCACGGCUGAGGGAGGACAAGAUGCGGCUGGAAAUGGAGAAACGAACAAAGGACCUGGAUGCAUUGCGGUGGGAGAGUGUAACAUGGCGGCAAAGGGAAGCCGAGUUCCAAAAUCAAAUACUGCACCUGACGCAUCAUCUGCAAGCCUAUACAGCUUUGUACGCGUCGAUGUCACCACAAGGCCACCCUCCUCCGCCUCUUCCGCCUGGUCACCAUCUCCAACUCCCCAACAUGAACGGAAAAUCUCCUCAUCUCCGGAUGUCGAACACGCCCUCGCCUGCACCCUCUCCCACUCGGCUUAACGUAGCCCCUCAUGUCCAAGGCAACAUCAUGCUUUCACCGAUGCCAUCACCGUUGUCGCAAUCCACGCAUUCGCAUAUGUUCCCGUAUCCAGCCAUGUCUUCACCUCCCACUCCAGGUCACCCAAAUCAACCGCCCCCCUCUGCGCCCCCAUCAUCUAGCCUAUUCUCCGUUCUGUUCCCAUACGCUGGCAAUCAACCAAACGCCGCUGGUGGCCCUUCUAGAUCCGGAAGGUCGUCUGUUGGUUCCAUGUCGCCCGACCUUGGUGCCCCGGGUUCCCCCUCGCAGUCUGCGUAUAAUCGAGGUCGCCAGCGGGCACGUUUCUGGCAAGGCAGUGAAAUAGACGACUGGAUAGAGGCAGGCGGUCAGUCGCAGCAGAGGGAAGCUGAGGGAAGGGCGGAGGAAGAACUGAAUACAGUUCUUGCGGACGCCAUCCUCAAGCGACCGGACAGCAUACGGCGAAGCGGCUCGCAGCAGGUUGUAGAUGACGGUGGGCAGAAAGAGAGCGGGGAGUUCACGUUUCCUUCACUUUCGGGUUUUGGGCAGGCCGUGCGCAGUACAGGGACACGGAGCCCUGAGGCGAGCUCGAGUAAUGUGGAUGACGCGGACGCUCGCGCAGGGCCGGAGGCAUUGGUCCCGCUGGCCGAGGGCCAGGGACCGGCGGGGGCAGCAGAUGCAGAUUGGAGCUCGAUAGCGGACCUUGGGCGUGUUGAGGAGGGAGCUGCGGAGGCCGUACCAGAAGAAGGGCGUAGCGCGUAG